AACUUUUAUCAGUAGCGCAUACAAAUAUUUGGAUGGUAUGAAGCUAACAAAUUUAGUGAUGAAUUGCUUAAAUUUCAAUUCUUCUUUGAUUAUUGAUUAUUGAUUUUCUCAGGGGCAAACCCACAUGACCAGAUACAUGUAAUGUGCUAUUUGGAAAUACAACAUUUAAUUGGCCAAUUGGGAACCAAAGAAGACAAAGGCUUUAUGCACAUCUACAUAUGGUAAGGCAGAUGAAUGGCAACAUAAUGUAAAGCAAGACAAACUCUUUAAACUCCUUAAAAUAUACGAACAUGAUUAUCACAAAGUUUUUUUGUAUCAUUUUUGGUACUCUGCAAUUCAAUGUGUAUGAAGCAAAUGAUAUAAUUACACAUGAAUUUGAGAUACAGAAGUUUAAAAGAUAUGAAGCAAGUGCUGAACUGAUGACAUUAUAUGGAAUACGCUCCAUGAAAAUUUGCUUUGCAAAAUGUGCGAAGGAAGCAAACUGUGUAAGAGUGAAUUAUCAGAAAAGCGCAAAAAUUUGUGAACUUAUUGAUUUGAGCGAAGGGACGAGCACCUGCUCUGUCGACACAGAAUGGAAUCAUGGAUAUUUAAGAUGUAAGAAUCACAACAACAAAGACUGUCAAACAUUGCGGGAAAAUGAUUGCUGGAAAAAUGGUGUUUACCUUAUACAACCUGACCCUAACCAACCUGCAUUCAAUGUCUACUGUGACAUGCAAGAUGGUGGCUGGACAGUGAUUCAACGUCGCUAUGACGGCAGUGCCCCAUUUUACAACAAAACAUGGAAUGAAUAUAAAAAUGGAUUUGGAGAUCCUAACAAUGAACAUUGGUUAGGAAACAAUAACAUUCACGUCCUAACAACAUCAGCAUCUUAUGAAAUAAAGUUUGAUUUGAUGACACCAAACAACACCUGGUAUGACGCAACAUAUUCGCAUUUCUCGAUACAGGAUGAAUCUGGUGACUAUGAACUCUCUAUUGGGUCAUAUAUAGGUGGCACUGCUGGUGAUAGUAUCUGGCCCAAUGGAGCAAUGACAACAAAUACAAGACUAAAUGGAAUGAAAUUCUCAACAACUGAUGUGGAUAACGAUUUAACGAGUAUCAGCUGUGUUAAUCAUUUUAAUGGUGGGGGAUGGUGGUAUGAAAGUUGUGCCUAUGCUCGGCUGAAUGGCAAAUACAGCCCAGAUGGCAUAUAUCAUCAGAAUCAAGAUGGUGUCACAUGGUAUCAAUUGACUCACAUACAAGUAGGUGAUAAACCAUCUCUAAUGGCCACAACUAUGAAAUUACGAAGAUCUCCAUAGAUCAAACCUGCUGGAACAGAAAUCACCAUUGGAUAAAUGUGUCAACAGAAAACAUGUUUCUGGAUUUCCGGAUACAAAGGGCGACUGUAGAUACAGCACAGGAUCACGAUGGAUACUCUGUAUAUCUUUUGGUGUUGAAUAUAGAAUAUAUCUGCCAGUAUACAGUUCACCCAUUGUAAUUUCUAGUGUCACAUUUACUUUGUAAAAUAACUUCAAUGCUUUAAUUGUUGUACUAAAAUAGCUAGAAAUACAAUAAAAAAAAGAAAGUAUGUUUCUAUUUCUCCAGUGUGGACUUGAAACAUUGUGCAGUAUGAAAUGAUAUAUA